AUGGGUCAAGGCAGCUCCGCCGAAAGCGACCCCAGCGGCGCCGCCGCCCCAGAAACAACAGUCAAAACCUGCUACUACGAGCUGCUAGGUGUUGCGCGCGACGCCACGCAGGAUGACAUCAAAAAGGCCUAUAAGAAAAAGGCGCUCGAGUUCCACCCAGACCGCAACUACAACGACACGGAGCGCGCGACAAGGCUGUUCACGGAGGUGCAGGCGGCAUAUGAAGUGAUCUCCGACCCGCAGGAGCGCGCCUGGUACGACUCUCACCGCGACGCCAUCCUGCGUAACGACGAUGUCGGUGGGGGCGGGGGUGCCGGCGGAGCAGGAGGAAGCGGGGGCGUGACGAACGUGACGACGACUGAGGAUGUGAUGCGGUGGUUCUCGAUGUUUGGGCGCAAGCUGUCGUACGAGCCCUCGCACCCGCAGUCGUUCUACGUGGUUGUCGAGCAGGCGUUUGCGAAGCUGGCCAAGGAGGAAGUGGCGGCCGCUGAGUGGGAGGGGCUGGAUCCCGUGCAUUAUCCGGGGUUUGGGGGGGCAAGCAGUGAAUAUGCGGAUUGGGUGAAGGCGUUUUAUGUUGAGUGGGGGAACUUCCGCACCGCGAAGACGUUCAGCUGGUGUGAUAUGUACCGGUACUCGGAUGCGCCGGAUAGGCGCGUGAAGAGGAUGAUGGAGGCGGAGAAUAAGAAGCUGAGGGAUGCGGCGAUACGGGAGUUUAAUGAUAUCGUGAGGUCCUUUGUCGCCUUCGUGCGAAAACGAGACCCGCGCUACACACCAAACAACCAGACCGAGAAGCAGCGGCAAGAAGCCCUCCUCGCCGCCUCAAAAGAGCAGGCCGCCCGCCAGCGCGCCGAGAACGCCGCAAAGCUGCGAAACUACAAGGCUGCCGACUGGACCAACGUUCCGGAGAACGCCUUUGACGAGCUGUACGACUCGGAGACCGACGAAGACAACACUGCGGAAGAGUAUGCUGAAGAACAGGAGGACGAGGAAGAAGAGGAGGAGGAGGAGCAGCUGGAGGAGGAGCCGAGACGGUAUGAGUGCAUUGUCUGUAAGAAGAUAUUUGCAAAGGAGGGGCCUAUGCUGGACCAUGAGCGCUCGCAGAAGCACGCGAGGGCUGUGUGGGAGCUGAAGAAGCAGAUGCGGAAGGAGAAUAAGGAGUUUGACCUUGACCGGGACGUGCGCGGGUGGACGAAGCCGGAGGAGUUCAAACCCAUCGACGAGGACGAAGACGAAGAAUACCUCUCCGCAGAAGAGGAAGAAGACGACCUCUCUGCCGACGAAGAAGAAUCCAAGCCUAAAUCCAAAGCCUCCCCCAAAGAGGAGGAGUCCAAAAAACCACUAGAGCCCACACCAACAACCAACACAAAGCCGCCCACCCCCUCCCCCGCCCCCUCCGGAGCAGAAGACUCCGACCCCGACGCCGACGCCGACAACGACGACUACGUCUCCACCGCAACAUUCACCGCCCGUCUCCGCGGCGCCACAACGCCGCCAACAUCAGACCUCUCAAACCUCACCCUCACCACAAACUCGGACGACGAAGGGUCCCAGAAACCGGCGCAGAAGCUCGGAAAGGCAAAGGCCAAGAAGGCGAAGCGUGCUGCAGCGGCGGCGGCGGCGGCCGCGGAGGAGAAGGGGGGAAAGGCGAAUACGUGUGCGGUGUGUAAGCAGAGCUUUCCGUCGAAUACGAAGAUGUUUAACCAUUUGAGGGACAAUCCGUCGCAUGCGGUGCCGGUGACGGGUGCUGGGGGUGCGGGGACGGAUGCGGCGGGUGGCGGGAAGAAGGGGAAGGGGAAGAGGAGGAAGUAG